GUCCUGCGCGCCUCUUUAAUUGCGCACCACGCAAUUCGCGAGCGAGCGAUCGGCGGAUCACAGCGGCGGAAUCACGCUGCCCCGAGGCGGACACUUUAGUUUUUCGUCCCCCCCCCCCCCCCCCAACACACACACACACACACGCGCGCGCUAUUUUCAUUCGUCCCGUCAAGGCUGGCGCACAAGGUCCGGCGAUAACGGGGAGGGGAGGGGGGCGCACCUUACACGUCUCAUCAUCCAGCGGCCGGACGCGCCGCGCGCGGACACACACACACACACACACACACACACACGGUCUCCGGGCUUCGCUUGGCAUUCUCGUCGCAUGCAAAAGACCCCCCCCCCCCCCCCUUUUUUUUUUUUUGAUGGUGACAUUUCUCUCGGCGGGGGCACCGGCGACACGUGCGCCUGGAUGGUGUGAAGAGUGACGCGGCGGCUUUGGGGCUUCAUUUCUCUCGGAUACGCCAAGUACCCGACGCGACGGCGCACCUUGUGUAUCGUAGAGAACCAUGAGCACUGUGGAGGAGGAACCGGAUCACAUGAUACCAUGAAGACAAGCCUGCAGGUCCUGCGCUGCCAGCUGCUGAGUGUUCUAGCAUUCCUAGCACUGCCAGUAGGACUGGUGUCAUCAGCACAGGAGCUGUACCUCAGCCAGACAUCCCAGGACUCCGUCUCCAUGGCAGCCGCCCGCAGCAGCCCCCUUUCUGCCCCCGAACCUCCCGCCCUGGACUUGCAUCAGGAAGGCUCCAGUAGCGGGGAAUGGCCAUCCAAAGGAGGCCCUCAGGCCUCAAACAUCAUCCUCCCUACUGUCGCCCUCCACCCUUUGGCCUGGCCUCUCCCGGCCCAAACGUACAGCCUGACUCAUGACGACCCUCCCAUCCACGACACAAGCACUGUGAGCACUGAAAGUCAUGUGAAUCAGCCCCUGGAGCCGAGCUCUGAUAUUGUAAACCAAGGCCACAUGCACAAAUCGGUCAGGGUAACUCAAGUCCAUAACCCAGUGGCUGUCGGCACGAUCCAGGCCAGCAGCAGCGUCCUUAAAUCAGCCAGCACAGCGGUCCCAGAUACAGAUGUGGGAUCUACUGCCAGAGAAGCUCCGGAUCUUCUGUCCAGCUCUGAAUCCGACAGAGGAGAUGCGCUCGCUUCUCACCACGUCGAGCCUCAGAAGUUGAGCGUGGAGGAGUCCGGCGACCGCGGCCGGCAGCGUGUUCCAGAUGUCGGGCGCUCCUCCCUUUCCUCUCCAUCGAUGACUGCUGACCCUACAGCGGGCCUGAAACUCAGGGAGCACGCUCAGGGCGCCUCGGAGCCGGCCGCACACCACGCCAUCACCCUGAGGGAGGUGCAUUCGGUGAACGAGCCCCCCACCGAUGAACUGGUGACAGAGCCGAAGGAAGGGUCUGUGACUCGAGUCGAGAGCCCAACUGAGACGCCAACGUCCACCGCGUCCACCGCGUCCACCGCGUCCACCGCGUCCACUCCGGCGCUAUCCACUGAGCCCGAACUCCAGACACAGAAUCCAACAAUCACCCCAAACAACCACUCUGCACCCAACGAGACCGCCACCGAGGAUGGUCGUGGUCUCCUUCGCGGUAACGGCACGGACAAUGCCCCUCAGGGCCACCGGUUGGGGAACGUGACCGCAUACGGAGGGCUGCUCUCUAACGGCAGCUCAGCCGAGGAGGCCCUCGCUGCGGGGAACAGCUCGGAGCCCCCCUCCACCGCCAGCGGGAACUUCCUGAACAGGCAGGUGCCUGCCACCACCGAGGACCCCUGGACGCCCGGCAACAGCUCAGGCCCCACCGUUGACUCCCCGCUGUCCCGCAUGACCAUCUGCUUGAGCAGAAUGGACAUUGUGUGGAUCGUGCUGGCCAUCAGUGUGCCGGUGUCCUCAUGCUCUGUGCUCUUGACCGUGUGCUGCAUGAGGAGGAAGAAGAAGUCAUCAAGUCAGGAGAACAACCUCAGCUACUGGAACAACGCCAUCACCAUGGACUACUUCAGCCGGCACGCCGUGGAGCUGCCCAGAGAGAUACACAGUCUGGAGAGUGAGGAUCAAGACACCUGUCUCCCCCCGAACGGAGACUACAGCGGCAGCAGCGUGGUCCUGGUUAACCCUUUCUGCCAGGAGACGCUCUUCAUCAACAGAGACAAAGCUUCCGUCUUCUAGAGACGGGAAAAGAGAGACACUGUCGGAUUCUCCUCUUCUACUCCCCCUGCUGUCGUCGUCUAUUUUAUAAAUGUGCUAAGUAUUCAGAGACUUUAUACUGUAUAUGACAAACACAAAGAGGCAACCUGAAAGAGGAGCGAUGUGAACAAGACACUCUUUGAGGAUGCACCUGCAUAUUUUUCUGAUGUACAUUUUCUACAAAAGGCUUAAUUGUGAUAAAAGGUUUUUAUCGUCUUUUUAAAAUACAGAUUAUAGGUGGUUUUGUUUCAUUACAGUGGCUUGAUGAGUGAGCGCACUGUGGAUGUUGACACAUGAAAUUUGCUUUAGAGAGAGAAGCGUACUAUGAAAACAUUAAAGCUGUUCUUUGUCAUUUUAUGUUUCCUUUAAGAUCAAUCCCAAAAUACUUAUAGCCUGUUGAACUUGAAUAUAGCACCUACGUUAUUAGGGGGUGGGGGAGUGUUACUGUAUGUGAGAUCCGGGCCCAUAUCUAUCAAACUGAGAAACACAUUUAAGAAUGAUUUACAAAGCAAUCUUAGGAGUAAAAAAGUUAUUCUAGAAGCCAAGAAUAAGACCGAUUAAUUAAGCAACUGACAUCAAAGUGUGGGAGUAACUUUUAAGAUCAGCUCUCAGGUGAUCACAUGAUUAAUCAUGACAGCUGGAAACUAUUCAUCUGCUCCCUUUUUCAUUCUUUUCACUCCUUUUUUUAUUUUUUAUCCUUAGUUCACUUUUAUUGAAAUUAACAACUACAUAUAUUUAUGGUAUGGAAGUAAUAAUAAAAGUAACACAUUUCAUUUAUAGUACGCAUUUGUUGAUGCAUUAAAGAAAAAUGCUUUUUAAUGCAUGGAAAGUGAUCGCAAAGCCAAUUCAAGCAUUAUUCUUGUCGUUUGCACACUCGAUACCGCUGAAGUUCUCUUAAAUUUAAGAGCAUUGUUAUGAUAAAUAUGUUUUGUUUGCAAGAUUAAGUGAAGGAUAAAUCCUGCAUUUUUACUUUAAGCAGUUUGAUCAAAAUGGGCCCAGAUUUCGACGGUUGAUUUUGGGCAGAUUAUUUGGCGUGUGCAUUUAGCAGCGUUGAGAGAUGUUGGUCAAAUGACUUAAGGUGGCUUUCCCCCACAUGUGUCACCAGCUUCUCUAAGAGGGACCACAUAGAUGUCUUAAUUCUGUCUUAAUGUGCUGCCCCCCUCCCUUUCUCUACCGUAUUACGUGUUACUUUAAGUCAAACAAGACUUCAGCUCAGUUUGAUCUGUUUCUCUCUAAGUGUCUGUUUGUUUCUUGUCCGUAUCGUGGAGUGGCUACUGGUUUUAGCCCAGUUUAAGAACGAGUUUCUCUGCGCUGUAGGAAACAAUUAGACCAACCUUUCUACUGUAAAUGUCUCCCUCCAUAAACAAUGUGUUUGUCCAUCAAUGCAAACUGGGGUCUGUUGAAUGAUUGUGAAAUUAGUUGCUGGACCACAUAUGUGUUAGAGGCUGUCGAAAAAAUCUUGACCAAUCGAAACACUGAGAUAAAUAAUGUAUGCUGAAUAUUUACUGUGAGCACAUACAGAGGCAGUUUAGUAAAUAAAUAAAAAAAGAGUGAAUAUGUUGUUUAAUUAUUGAACCUGUGGUCCUUCUAUCAUCUGUUUUUAUUUUGCAUUGCUGCAGUUGUAUUCAAUAAUCGAUGCUGCCUGCCUCUAACGUCGCUAAAGAUUUUCUGCAUUGUGAGAUGUUGUUCUGAAAUCACAGAUUCAAGAGGUGAUGUUGCACAACACACCUAAACAUAUUGAUAUUUCUUGCAUUGGAUGCUCACAGCUGGGCUUCUUGUUUUGCACGCUCAAAAGUGGAUAUUUUACCAAACGUUCAGUGGCACGAUGGAGCAGUGUUCAACAUUAUGUAUUUUUUGUACUGUAGUAUACACUGUACUUUUUACUGCUGAGCAAUAAAACAAAGA